UCCGGUGCCAUGUAUUUUCGAAGGAUAUUUUUCGCCGAAAGUUUGCGUUUUUAUGCUGGUGUAUAUCAGAAAAGUUCACAUCUGAAGCCUGCAAUAUCUGUGGUCGAUUCGGUAAAAGCUAAACUUGAGAAAAGCGCAUCGUUAACCGAUGACGAAUGGAGCACCAUUAGGUCAAACAUUUUGAAUGAGCGACGUUUCACCAGCACGAAUGUAGACAGUACGGUACUAGGACUGUGCCCUAAUCUACGAGUCGGGCAGUCCUACAUCGGUUACCUAAAAAAGCAAGGGCUAGAGUUGAAUCUGGCUAUAGUAGGAAAAUUACUUCGACUCUACCGGCUGACAGAGAGGGACUUGCUCCAACAGGACGAGGAUGAUAUUUGGAGAUUGUACUGUGAGUUACGCGAGCAGAACGCCGAUUUGGACGCAAAUACCUGCGAACACGCGAUAAAUGCGCUGACACUGACGAAACACUGGAAGCACUGCUUAGAGUUGCUGGAAAUGAUCAAGAUUAGUGGCAUCCCGGAUAGCUCGACGUACAACUUCAUCGCAACAAAGGCAUUUGUUUCCGGAGACGAAUCAAUCGGUUGGGUGAUGCUGCAGGAAAUGUGUCAGAAAAGGAGGAUUCCAUAUGAUGAAACUUUCCUGGCCUGGUUAUCGACAAGCCACGCCAACGGGCAGUCCUUUGCCGGAAAGCUAGAACGAUUGUUGCAAUUUACAAACGAUAACUCGGUGUUUCUUUCGAAGCGAAUCGGCAAAGAACUGCUAUCGCUGCCCCGGGAUUCUGGAAUCAGUGCGAGCGAAACUCGUGUGUCUGAUCACGGCAAGUGUUCCCACUGCAAGGAUACACUUUCUAGUAUCGUCGUUUCAGAGGACUCAUUUCAGCAGUUGAGGGAAAAGUUCUUAGCCGCUGUGCUCAUCAAAACCGAGAUAUUUAAUCGCACCACACCGGAGGAACUUAAUCGUUUUCAGAAGUUUCUUCGAAAAACGCUUCCUUACGACGUAGUGAUCGACGGUCUGAACGUAGCGUUCUCUUCGGGAAAUCAUAAAAAUCCUGCCCUCUAUGCCAAACAAAUAGCAGCAGUCGUUCGACAUUACGUGCAUCAGAAGAAAAGAGUUCUGGUGAUCGGGAGGCAGCAUAUGGAUAAAUGGAGGUCGAAGGACAUGAAGUACAUCCGAGAGAAUAGUUUUCUCUUUCUAACGGAAGACCUGUCUCAGGAUGAUCCGUUCCUGCUGUAUGCUGCCCUAGAGAGUGGACCAAAAACCGACUUUUUCUCUCGCGAUCUAAUGCGCAAACAUUCGUUUAUGUUGGGUGACAAUCUUGGUGCUGUAUUUAAACGGUGGCAGCAAGAGCAUCAGUAUUCAUUGCUCUCUAUUCUGCCGGACGGAAGGGUGAUGAUAAAACCCCCGUUCCAAUACGAGUUGUUUGCUCAUAAAUCCACUAGCGGGCGGUGGCACAUACCGUUGAUCGAAAGUGGACACCGAAUUCCCAAAGUAGAGAAACAAAACAGCUGGCUCUGCCUGAGAGUGGAUAAAUAAAG